AUGACGAUAAAGAGGAAAGGCCGCACGAAGAAUUUAGCUGCAGGGCGACCCCCGACGACUCGGAAACCCAAGUCUAUAUCGAGGAAGGCUACGAAGGCGUUGAUCAACUCUCAUCAUCUCCUAGAGAAAAAGAAAUCACAGGCCAUCGCCAAAGGAGACCGAGCCGCCGAAGCCGCGAUUGACGGUGAGAUCGCUGCCUUGGGUGGAAUCGAGAAGUAUCAACAAGCUAGCCUCCAGGGCCAACGACUCGACCGCGGGGGAGAUAGUUCUCAUGUACUAAUGGAAUGGAUUAAAUCAGAUGGUCCUGUUCCCAGUUCUUCUGCAGGGACUUCUGCAGAGACCCGCUUGAAAAUGCUCGAAGUUGGAGCAUUAAGCACUACGAACAUGUGUUCAAGAAGUAGGCUAUUUGACGUGGAAAGGAUAGACUUGAACAGCCAAACCGAUGGUAUCAUACAACAGGAUUUCAUGAAGAGGCCACUUCCUAAGGAUGAGUCUGAACUAUUCGACAUCAUUAGCCUUUCACUGGUCUUAAAUUUCGUUCCCGACGCCAUAGGACGAGGUGAGAUGCUCCUUCGGACCCUGGAUUUCCUAAAGCAGCCCAACACAGAUUGCUCGUCUGAACUACAUGAUCUAUUCCCGAGUUUAUUUAUGGUUCUACCUGCGCCAUGCGUCACCAACUCGAGAUAUAUGAAUGAGCCUCAUAUGGAAACGAUUAUGAAUACUUUAGGAUAUGUGAAAGCCAAGAGCAAGAUCACCCAGAGGCUCGUAUAUUACCUUUGGAUCCGGAAAUCUCCUGUCCAGUCAUCCUCUGCAACGUUCAAGAAAGUUGAACUUCGAUCUGGCCAUUCUAGGAACAACUUUGCGGUCGUGCUUCGUGGCUCAUCCGGGUGA